GCCCUGUAUAUAAAAUUAAGCAACGGUGGAUGAGGAAGAGAAACAGUUGUGAGGGGAGGAGGGCAGCUAUGGGAGCUUUUUUUGGAACAUAUUUCCUUUUGUGUGUCUGUCUUAUCUGGCUAUUUUUCUCUUCGUCCUCGUUAUAUAUUGCAUCCCCCUCUUCUUUAUCAUCGUCAUCUUGUAAAUUACGGAGAAAGUUUCAACUCAAUGAAGCGCACAAGCCUGGUGAUGUGGUUCUAGGUGGGCUGUUUGAGGUCCACUACACCUCUGUCUUCCCUGAGCAGACAUUUACCUCAGAGCCACAACAACCCAUCUGCAAAGGUAUUUUGUGUGUUAGCUUUGACACUCUAGGGUUCAGGCAUGCCAUGACCAUGGCCUUUGCUAUUGAUGAAAUCAACAAGAACUCCAAUCUGCUACCUAAUGUGACUCUGGGAUACAGUCUUUAUGAUAACUGUGGUGCACUUGUCAUUGGAUUCAGUGGUGCAUUAUCAUUGGCAAGUGGUCGAGAGGAGCAGUUUCUGCUUCAGCAGAACUGUUUAGGGACACCUCCAGUCUUGGGGAUUGUGGGUGAUUCCUACUCUACGUUUUCUAUUGCCACCUCCAAUGUGCUAGGUUUAUACAAAAUGCCCAUUGUGAGUUAUUUUGCCACAUGCUCCUGCUUGAGUAAUCGCAAACGAUUUCCAUCCUUCUUUAGAACGAUCCCAAGUGAUGCUUUCCAGGUGCGUGCUAUGAUUCAGAUUCUAAAACGUUUUGGUUGGACUUGGGUAGGCCUGUUGGUCACAGAUGAUGACUAUGGACUCCAUGUUGCCCGUUCCUUCCAAUCUGACCUUGCUCAGUCUGGUGGAGGUUGUCUGGCCUACUUGGAGGUUUUGCCCUGGGACCAUGACCCAAGUGAACUUAGGAGGAUUGUGAAUGUGAUGAAGAAAUCCACAGCUCGUGUGGUCAUGGUGUUUGCACAUGAGGGUCACAUGAUUAACCUCAUGGAAGAGGUGGUGAGGCAGAAUGCAACAGGCCAGCAGUGGAUAGCAAGUGAAGCUUGGACAGCAGCUGCUGUGCUCCAGACACCUCGCCUCAUGCCGUACCUGGCUGGCACACUGGGCAUCGCCAUCCGCCGAGGAGAAAUACCAGGGCUCAGGGAAUUUCUUUUACAAAUACGUCUUGAUCAAAAUAACAGCGUCAACAAUGAAAAUAACAUGGUGAGGCAGUUUUGGGAAUCCACAUUUCAGUGUAGAUUUGAUCCAGCAGGUUGGGUGGAAGCAGAGGGACCACUAUGUACUGGACUGGAAAAUAUUGAAAAUGUGGAAACUGAGUUUUUGGAUCUUUCUAACCUCAGGCCUGAGUACAAUGUUUACAAGGCUGUGUAUGCUCUGGCAUAUGCGCUUGAUAACAUGCUGCAGUGCGAGCCAGGGAGAGGGCCUUUCAGUGGGCACAGCUGUGCCACUUUGGAAAGACUGGAGCCAUGGCAGCUUGUACAUUAUUUGCAGAAGGUCAACUUCACAACAUCAUUUGGUGAUGAAGUAUCAUUUGAUGAGAACGGUGAUGCCCUACCAAUAUAUGAUAUCAUGACCUGGCUACGGCUCCCUAAUGGAGGAUGUAAAGUUCAGAAUGUGGGUGAGGUUAAGAGGUCAGACUCCAAAGGUGAAGAACUCACAAUUGAUGAAAGCAACAUUUUUUGGAACUUUGAAUCGAACAAGCCACCCCGGUCAGUGUGCAGUGAGAACUGUCCUCCAGGAACCCGCAUUGCCAGAAAGAAAGGGGAACCUGUGUGUUGUUUUGACUGCAUUCCUUGUUCUGAGGGAAAGAUCAGCAAUAAGACUGACUCCAUGGAGUGCACCAGUUGUCCAGAGGACUUCUGGUCCAGUCCUCAGCGUGACCACUGUGUUCCUAAGAAAACAGAGUUUCUCUCCUACAGUGAGCCUCUGGGUAUCUGUUUGACGACCACCUCAUUGCUGGGCACAUUUAUCUGUGCUGUUGUCCUGGGAAUCUUCACCUAUCAUCGAAGCACACCCAUGGUACGCGCCAAUAAUUCCGAACUGAGUUUUCUGCUCUUGGUGUCACUUAAACUGUGUUUCCUGUGUUCACUGCUGUUUAUUGGCCGUCCCAGGCUAUGGACAUGCCAGCUGAGACAUGCAGCAUUUGGGAUCAGCUUUGUGCUUGCUGUCUCAUGUAUUCUGGUGAAAACCAUGGUGGUUCUGGCUGUGUUCAAGGCUUCCAAGCCAGGAGGUGGAACCAGUCUGAAAUGGUUUGGUGCUAUGCAGCAGAGAGGGACAGUUCUGGUUCUUACUUCUAUCCAGGCAGCAAUCUGCACAGCUUGGCUUGUCUCUUCCUCGCCAGCUCCUCAUAAAAAUACAGAAUACCAUAAUGACAAGAUCGUUUAUGAGUGUGUUGUAGGGUCCACAGUUGGUUUUGCAGUGUUACUGGGUUACAUUGGCUUACUGGCAAUCCUUAGCUUCCUGUUAGCCUUCCUGGCAAGGAAUCUUCCAGACAACUUCAAUGAGGCCAAGUUUAUCACUUUCAGCAUGCUUAUUUUCUGUGCUGUAUGGGUGGCCUUUGUCCCUGCUUACGUCAACUCACCAGGCAAAUAUGCCGAUGCUGUGGAGGUAUUUGCCAUUCUGGCCUCCAGUUUUGGCCUCUUGCUGGCACUGUUUGGACCCAAAUGUUUCAUAAUCCUGCUGAGACCAGAGAGGAACACAAAGAAAGCGAUCAUGGGUCGAGGAACCAUUAAGUCAUGAAAGCAGCAUUUACAGGAAAAUUAUCAGUCAUAACCAUUAGUAUGUAUUUUGCAUUCAUUCAUUAGUGAUCUUCCCCUUAAAUUGCCAGCAGAAGUAACCUGCUUAAUAACUUCAGAAAUGUUUUUACUGUAUAACAGAAAUUUGGAAGAAACCAGAAGAGUUAAAUGUUUGUGUGAAACAGAAUCUUACUUUAUUGUUUCUGCCUAGAUUAUGAGAUAAUCUGAAAGGCUUCAGUUUCUACCUGACUAAAACUCAAAGAUUAAAUUAAACUACUUUUCCUGUGACUGUUGAUUAUGAAGAAGCUGUCUCCAAACAAGAGAAAAAAACAACAGGAAUCACAUCAUCAUCAUUACAUCAUGGUCAUAAUAAUUUACACAAGUCUGAUUAAUGGAAACAUUCAUAAUGUGGAAUUAAGAUAAAGGCCAAAUCUGAAAUGUUGUCAUUGUAUGUGAAUAUGAGCCAAGAAGCAUGACUUAUCCAGGUUGCGCUUACAUUACUACCUGAAGAGCAGCUAAAACACAAUACACAAUAUUCACUACAUCAUGUAUAGAGGUUUUCGCUUUGAGACAAACAGCAAAACAUCAUCUGCAUAGAUUGUGAUUCUGUUACUUUUUGUACCCGAAUUGACACCCUUAAGGUCAUUGUGAAUUAAAAUGUUUGUAAAUGG